AUGUCGCUAGAACAAGUGUCAGGUGGAGGCACCGAGGGUGACUUCCAGCACCCCAAUGAGAACCUUCGUCGGUCGACCAUUAUUGCACUUUAUUUUGCCUUUAUUAUGUCCACGGUUGCCGUGGCCCUACGUCUUCUCGCGAGAAAGAUCACUGGGUCACGGUUGUACUUGGAUGACUAUCUUAUGAUAAUAGCUUUGCUCUUCAAAUAUGGCUGUUCGAUCGGUGUCACAAUCCUUCUAUGGAACGGCCUCGGAUGUCACAUCAACAUGAUCCCGCAAAAGAACCUGACGGUUUACUUUAAGAUCGGAUGGUCCAAUUCCUUCGUUUACACUCUCUGCGUCAUGUUCAUCAAGCUAUCUAUCCUGGCAGUCUACAAGCGGCUAUUUGCUGCUAGGAGCAUGAAAAUCGCAGCCAACAUCGUUUCCGUAAUUGUUGUCCUCUGGGCUGUGAGCAUCAGCAUCGGCGGUGUUCUGAACUGUGUGCCUGUUCAGAAGUUCUGGGAUCGCCCGGUCCCAGGCCACUGCGUCAACACCGUGGGCUACUACUACGGCCAGCAGAUCCCCAACAUUCUCACAGACGUGGUUCUGCUCAUUAUGCCGCUGAAAAGCGUCUGGGAACUACCCAUCUCCAAGACUCAACGGUUGUUGCUGUCGGGAGUGUUCCUGGUCGGAAUUCUGACCCUGAUCUUCGACAUUUUGCGCCUGGUCGCAAUGAUCCAGCUAACACAAGCCGGUCCAGAUAUCACCUACAACCAAGUUCCCGUCGUCGUGUGGACAUGUAUGGAGGCAGCGGUAGGAAUCACAGCGGCAUGCAUGUCUCACAUCCGGCCACUAUUCAACGUCAAGCUCUGGUCUCGACUCCGGUACUCCGACCAGGAGCCUGGAAAGGGAUCAACCAACUCGUCGGAAGAGGGAUUCUCUUCUUCCGACCGAACCCUGUUUGACCCCUGCGGAACCCAGACUACCAUCUCCGCUGGCCACGAGGUGCAUGCUGAGCAUGAGAAGCCUUGA